UAUAUAUCGAACGACUAGAACGACUCUAGUUUUGAAAUUUGAAAUGCCGGAAGUUCACUCCUCCUGUUCGCGGUGUAUCCCAAAGCCAGUUUUCUGUAUUACAUUCGUGGAUUGCGGAGCAACUGUUCAAACAUGUCCCAUACUAUUCUACUUGUCCAGCCCACUAAGAGACCAGAAGGAAGGACAUAUGCUGAUUAUGAAUCGGUUAAUGAGUGCAUGGAAGGAGUGUGUAAAAUGUAUGAAGAGCAUCUAAAGAGAAUGAAUCCUAACAGCCCAUCCAUCACAUAUGACAUUAGUCAGCUUUUUGAUUUCAUCGAUGACCUGGCAGACCUCAGCUGCUUGGUGUACCGAGCUGACACACAGACAUAUCAACCCAACAACAAAGACUGGAUCAAAGAGAAGAUUUAUAUAUUGCUGCGCCGCCAAGCUCAGCAGGCUGGGAAAUAAAAAUGCCCCAAAUGUGCUGAUAAGAGAGGUUACGUUUCAAGAAUUUGGCAGGGAAGUUAGUCACUUUAAAGAAGAAACAUUUUCUAAGGACAUAACGGAUGAUGGCCAGAUAAUUAGAUAUUUCUCAAUUCAAGUCCUGGGUGACCACUAUGAGUUUAUUAAGGCCACUGGAAGAAAAUUACUACUGCAGUUUAGCACCAACCCUAAACAUGUGUAUUUUAUAACACAGAAGAUACACAAGACUAUUACCUAGCUGCACAAGGCAGAGUAAAGUGUUCAGACUAAGUUCAACAAGCCAGAUAUAUAGACUGAAUUGUGUUCUGUGAUACAUAUAAUACUGGAAUUGAGGACCAUUUGUCUGUAAAUUUGAACUGCUUUCAUUUUGUGUGUCCAACCCCUCUUUUAAAGGAAAUGUCUCUUUACAGAUUUUUUUUUCCUCCAUGAUUAAUAAAAUGGCUUUGUUUAAA